GGAGAAGGCUCCUACGGGGUGGUGUUCAAGUGCAGAAACAGGGACACGGGGCAGAUCGUGGCCAUCAAGAGGUUUCUGGAAACUGAAGAUGACCCUGUCAUAAAGAAAAUCGCCCUUCGAGAAAUCCGCAUGCUCAAGCUACCCUGUGCCUCACACAGUCCAUGGGCCAUGGUAAGGACACCUGAGAGCCCUUAUAGACAAACAUCCACGAUUACUGAAGCAGUGGUUGAAAUCCAGAGUACAGACUGUGAACCAGCUUCCAGCUUCAGGACCAAGAUGUCCUCCUGACCCCUGCCCAGGACAAAAGAAACUCCUGAAGGGAAACGGCUUGAUUUUUCCUGCCUGGCACUCACAGAAAGAUGCUCACAGCUCAGAUUUACUGCCCUGCCUCUUAUACUUUCAGCAACUGAAGCAUCCCAACCUCGUCAACCUCCUGGAGGUCUUCCGGCGGAAGCGGAGGCUUCACCUGGUGUUCGAGUACUGCGACCACACAGUGCUUCACGAGCUGGAUAGAUACCAGAGAGGGCCGAUUUUCCUAAUAGGGUACCAGAACAUCUCAUGAAGAGCAUAAUUUGGCAGACACUGCAGGCUGUAAAUUUCUGCCAUAAACACAACAAAUUGUCACUGAAUAAGAAAGCCCUGGGAAGUUUCUCAAGAGUCCCUCUGGGUAGCUUCGCCCUGUUAAAGAAUGCGGCUAGAUCCCAGGCGAUGAGGCAUACACAGGGCGGGCAGGAGCCGCCAGCCGCCGAGCACUGGCCGCGAUGUGGGACAGAGCUGACAUCUAGCGACUCACCCCAAAGGUGCAUACAUAGAGACGUGAAGCCAGAAAACAUUCUCAUCACAAAACACUCAGUCAUUAAGCUCUGUGACUUUGGGUUUGCCCGGCUUCUCACUGGACCAGGUGACUACUACACAGACUAUGUGGCCACCAGGUGGUACCGCUCGCCUGAGCUGCUGGUGGGGGACACACAGUAUGGCCCCCCAGUAGAUGUUUGGGCGAUUGGCUGCGUCUUUGCUGAGCUGCUGUCCGGAGUGCCUCUGUGGCCAGGAAAAUCUGACGUGGAUCAGCUCUAUCUGAUAAGGAAAACCCUGGGGGAUCUCAUUCCCAGGCACCAGCAAGUAUUUAGCAUGAAUCAGUACUUCAGUGGGGUGAAAAUUCCAGACCCUGAGGAUAUGGAAACCCUGGAGUCGAAAUUUCCAAACAUCUCCUACCCUGCCUUGGGCUUCUUAAAGGGUUGCCUCCACAUGGACCCUGCUGAGAGGCUGACAUGCGAACAGCUGCUGCAGCAUCCAUAUUUUGACAGCAUUCGAGAAGUUGGGGAUUUGACAAGACAACAUGACAAGUCAGUGAGGAAGACCCUGAGACAGAGUCGAAAGCACCUGACUGGGCUGCAGUACCUACCUCAGCUAACUAGCAGCAGCAUCCUUCCAGCCUUGGACAAUAAGAAGUACCACUGUAGUACCAAGAAACUUAACUACCAUUUUCCAAAUAUUUAAGGAGCUGGCAAAGUGAUGAAGAAGUGAUCCAUAAUUUGAAGAAAAAAUUUACAUAUUUGAUUCCUGUAUUGAGCACACAUCAGGAGAAAACACAGACCGGAAGCUGGAGGCCACUUGGCAAGAUAUGAAGAGAAAUUAGAGAUCCAGACUUCCAUGCUUGGUGAAGAUGUCCAGAGAAGAAAUUAAAAGCUUGGGGUUUCACUGUGUUUGAGUAUCUAAGCAGCAGAACUUACAGACAGGAUAUAAACUCUUAUCUACUGCCCGUAGCUGCAACAGUAGAUGAUGGCAAAAGGAUUAUGCCUCAGUUUGCUCUAUGUUACAUGUAGAAAGUGGGUUAUAAAAUGUCCAUAUGUAUUUCUUUAGAUCCGUGCUGCCUUGGAUCCUAUCUCUAAUGUUGUUUUCAAAUCAUAUUUAGUUAUGAUUUUCGUUCCUGAAUUCUAAAUGUCUGUGAUUCUAUUUCCUGUUUGUUCUUUCUUGAUUUCUGAGUUUUAAGACAUGUUUUAGAAUAUCUAAGUUGGUCAAAAUAUCCAAAGUCUUAAAACUUUGUAGUUUUUGUUUGUAUAUAACAGAUGGGAUACUUAUAUAUCUCUUACAUAUACUUUUAUCUUUACCCUAGGAAAGACUGUGUCAGAAAGGGAUAGAAUGAGACCCACAGAAUGAACCUGUUAGCCUGAAAAUAAUUAUCACUUUGUUCUUCAGCUCACCCUCUCACCUGAAGACUGUUCUAUUAGCAAAACUCAGAUAUGAUCUGGAUUUAGACAGAACUGCUUGUGAACUUUAAUUUGAAUCAGGAAACAUGUAGGUUGUUAACUGAUAUUCUUUCCUUAAAGUAUCUCUUAUUAUAUUAUAUAUAUUGUGUUAUGUAUAUGUCUGUGAACACACAUUCAUACACUUGUACACGUAUGUAUGUGUACAUACAAUGCUAAUGAAUAGAGUACAGCAAAUAAGGAAGUGGUAAAAAAAAUACCAAGGAUUUUUAGUUUUAAGCGGAGACUUAAGAUUAAAAUUACCUUAUAGCAAAGCUUUUCUCCCUGUCCCCUGGAUGCGGGCAAUGUGAGCCCUCACAAUUUCUCACUAUCAUUUCUCAUCCAUGGGCUGCUAGUUCACAGAGUUCUCAGACAUGGAUUUAAAGAUCUAUCUUACUGCAUUCUCAAUAACAUUUCUUCUGCACUGUCAUUUUCUUCCUGUGUCCAUUCCAUGACAUCACUUAGCCCCAUUCAAUUACUGCUAUGUAGUUCAAUACAUUCUGUCAUCUGGUCAAUCUUGGCUACUCCAAGGCAAAUUAAGGUUUCCUAAAUAUAUAUAGCUUACACCACAGACCUGACAGUGGGUUAAAAAAGCAACUCCAAUAUCAUUCAAUUCCUCUUAAAUAGCCAUGAUUUAAAUGACAAGGAAGGAUAUCAACUUCUGUGAAUUGCCUUUUUUCCCUUUAAAUCAAUAAAAGUAUAUUUGAAAGAAGCAAA